AUGACCGGGACCGACACCGACAAAACUACCAAGCCUCGUGGAUGCUUCCAAUGUACCCAGCGACGGAUUGUCUGCGACAGGGCCGAACCUUCUUGUCAAAAAUGCCUGAAGAAGGGGAUUGAGUGCAGUGGCCUCGGCCGCUUUCGAUUCGGCAAUGGAGUCGCGACGCGUGGGAAACUAAAAGGCAGCCCCAUCCCUGUUCUCAAUGUCGACCCGGUCUCCGUUUACAAACAAUCCGUCCCUAUUGUCUCGCAGAUUCGAUGGUCUCAUGAGAGGAAGAAAAGGGUUAGGAAGAGCCAUGCUUCGAAGUCAGUCUCGAAUGCACCAGUCGGUGCGCAAGGCGAUACCGUCGAAUGGGUCUCUGUGAUGUCACUCGAGAAUUGUCUUCUGCCGCGCAGCACACCUGCAGACGCCAUUACUACGACGUCGACCUCAACUGCGAUUGCUAUACAGAAGACAAAGCUUGCGCAGGAUUCCGCGACCGCGGUAUCGCCCGGAGAGGAUGUCGAGAAUGUCCGUGCCGACAAGGUCCUACUAUUAACCAGAAGGACGGACCAGCCAAUCCAGCCUUGGAUCGCUCCUUUGAGCUCAGAAAUCCGUGGACUCUUCCACUAUUUUGCCAACAACAUCGCUCCGGUCAUGGUUCUGCUGGAUAUCUCCAAUGGCUAUCGUGACUUCAUCCUUCCGAUGGCUUGUCAGGAUGAGGUGCUGCAGCGCGCUGUUGCCGUGGUGGCUGCGCAGCACGUUAGCCUCAGGCAACCAGCAUUACAGGCGGCAGCAGAAGCAGAUCGCUCCGUCAUCAUAUCCCGCUUGUUGCGGGCCUCCAACGUCGGGUCGCCCGACCAGGUGUUCAACCCGGCUACAUGGGCAACACUGCUCGUACUCCUCGUCGGGGAGACGGUGACUGGUAGCCCGGAGUACAAAUUACUACUUCAGACACUGUUCACCAUGGCCAAGAAUGUCAAAUCAUUGGGGCACACUCACUUGCACGAGUUCCUGCUACAACAGACCGACAUGUUCUCAUUUCUGGGUCGGUCUCUACUCAGUAAAGAUGAGGGUCUUAGGACCUUAAGUCAUCCCGUGGACUCUGGGGUGUGGUUGCCAUCCAGCGUCCGCACAGACGCUCAACACAAUCGGACACUCUGGCUGGCCAGGCGAUCAUUCACUAUUGGCGCUCAAAUCUACCUGAUGCGGAUGACGUCUGACGAAAGCUCAUGGCAUUUGCGGGAAGAGCUGCGCCGGCUGAUUGCUCAGGCACAACCGACGGAUCCAGGAGCCCACGGAUUUGUCUGGCCAUGCUUUAUCGCAGCGGUGGAUAGUACGGAACCAGAACAUCGCGCGUUCUUCACUUAUUACAUGAGAGCCAUUCACUCAAACACUCUCUUCGCAAAUAUCACCAAGGCUAUUGACGCAUUGCCUGCUAUAUGGGAAUCGACGUCGAAGAAGUGGACGGAAACUUUGUCGGAUGUCUCUCGAAUACUCAUUAUGUGA